AUGAGUUCUGUGAAUGAACUAUUAAACUACUUUGUGGUAAAUGACGAUAAGGACGAUGUGGCCAAGGGAGGAGAGGGAGCCAAGUCACGGGCCGAGCAGCUGGAGAGGGACAGACAGAAGGAAAAUGAGAAGGCCAUCGUGCGGAGGUACUUUCCCGGAAAGAAACCCCACUACGCGAAAAACGCCAAGGAGGAUGAUGACGAAGAAGAUGACGAUGAUGAAGAGGAGGACACCCUCCUCCCGCGUAACGAUGCCCUGACGGAAUAUUUACAAAAACAGGGCCACGCACAAAGGAGAGGCGAUACGGAUAGGGAGCCUGGGAGUGACCUUCCCCGUAACCGUGGCCAUGUAGACUCCAGAUAUGAGAGACUCAAAAAUAAAAGUAAGCUGAUCGAAAAAGGAGAACGCAUCAAGGGAGACGAACGGGAAAGAAUCACCAGACGGGUUCGAGAAGUGAAGGUUAUUAACCACCCGGAGGAGGUGAAGGAAGAAGAGCCCCCAAAAUCGCUAGCAGGGGAAGGAGAAGAUGCAGACAACUAUGAGAAGUACUUUCCCGUAGGACAGGAAGAACAGGAGCAUGAUACGGAGGAAGAAGAAGCCGGUUGUGACGAUGAGGACGAAUCUAGCAACUCUUCUGAUGAUGAAUCAGAUGACCAAACAGACGAUGAAAACUACAUGAACGGAGAGGACGGAAGCGCUCCGAUGAAACACGAGUACGUGUUUAAAACGAAAAGAAAGACUCUCCUGGAGACGUUCGAAAAGGAGCAAAGCGAAAAACAGCUGUUAAAAGAUGAGGAAACCGAAAAAAAAAAAAUUGAACUGGAGAAAAAGGAAAAGGCAAUAGAGGAAACCAUACACAACGAUAUAAUGAUUGAACAAAUGAAGAAUCAGGAAAAUAACUUGUUCUCGUCUGAUGAAAAUUUCGACAACGACGACGAUGAUGAAGGGGAACCAAAUGAAGAAGAGUACCAACUGUGGAAGCUUCGUCACCUGAACAGACUAAAGAGAGACGAACUGGACAGGAGAAAGCAUGAACUUGUACAGGAAGAAAUUAGCGAAAGGAGGAAAAUGACAGAUAGGGAGAUAAUGGAACAAAAUAAAUCGCUUCCACAUAAAGAGAAGAAGAAGAAAAAGAAAAUGCUGUUUAUGCAAAAGUAUUACCACAGGGGAGGAUUCUUUCAGGACCUCUUUGAAGAAGGCAAGGAAGAAAUUUACACUCGUGAUUACAACGAGCCAGUGUAUGAGGACAAAGUCGACAAGGAGAAUUUGCCCAAAGUGCUUCGCGUCAGGAGGGGCAAUUUCGGCAAGCAGGGCCAAACAAAAUACACCCACUUGCUCGACAACGACACCUCCAGGAAGGACUCCCUAUGGGCGAACCGCGAUCUGGAGGACCGCCGCGCCAGGCGGAAGGAGGACCUGUUCGAUCGCCCAACCUACAGGAAGGGAUAG